AUGCCUCCCAAGAAGGCCAAGGAAGAAGAAAAGAUCCUCCUGGGUCGUCCAGGGAACAAUCUUAAAAGUGGCAUCGUCGGUCUUGCCAACGUCGGCAAGUCAACGCUGUUCCAAGCCAUUACCAAGUGCAACUUGGGCAACCCCGCAAACUUCCCAUAUGCCACAAUUGACCCAGAAGAGGCUCGCGUCAUCGUCCCCGACGAGAGAUACGAUUGGCUGUGUGAAAAAUACAACCCCAAGUCAAGAGUCCCGGCAAACUUGACGGUUUACGACAUUGCUGGCUUGACGCGAGGCGCAUCGACUGGUGCAGGCCUUGGAAACGCUUUCUUGUCGCACAUUCGUGCUGUCGAUGCCAUUUUCCAGGUUGUCAGGUGCUUCGACGAUGCUGAAAUCAUUCACGUCGAGGGUGAUGUCAACCCCACUCGUGAUCUGGACAUCAUUAGCGAAGAGCUGAGGUUGAAGGAUAUCGAGUUUGUCGAGAAGGCGCUCGAGAACCAGAAGAAGAAGACGCGCCAAGGUGGCCAAAGUCUUGAGCAGAAGAAGGCCAGGGAAGAGCAGGCCACGAUUGAGAAGAUCUUGGCGUGGCUCAAGGACGGCAAGGAUGUCCGAAAGGGCAACUGGGGUCCCAAAGAGGUCGAGGUUAUCAACCCUCUGUUUCUACUGACUGCAAAGCCAGUGGUUUACCUGGUCAACCUCUCUGAGAAGGAUUAUAUCCGGAAGAAGAACAAGCAUCUGCCCAAGAUUGCUGAGUGGAUCAAGGAACACGCCACUGGCGACCCAAUCAUUCCCAUCUCGGUAUCUUUCGAGGAGCGCCUGACGCGAUUCGAGACUGAGGCCGAGGCUCUUGAGGAGUGCAAGAACGUCGGGGCUGAAUCGGCGCUUCCCAAGGUCAUCAUUCAGAUGCGCAAGGCCCUCAACCUGGGAAGCUUCUUCACCACCGGUACCGACGAGGUCAGGCAGUGGACCAUCCGGAACGGUACCAAGGCACCACAGGCCGCUGGUGUUAUCCACGGUGACUUCGAAAAGACUUUCAUCCAGUGUAUUGUGUACAAUUUUAAUGUACUCAAGGAGCUGGGUGAUGAGGCAGAGGUUAAGGCCAAGGGUAAGGUCAUGACAAAAGGCAAAGACUACGUCGUAGAGGAUGGAGACAUCCUACUUAUCAAGGCCGGUGCCGCCAAGGGCUGA